AUGCAGUCAAACAACAACAACAACAACAACAAUAACAAGAAUUCUAAAAGUAGUAAUAGUGGUAAUACUAAUAAUAAUAAUAACAAUAGUAAAAACAACAGACAACAACAUCAAUAUAGUAGUAGUUUUGGUUCUACUAAACCAAUUGAUAUAAGAAAUGCAAACAACAACAAUAUAUUAGGAAGUGGCAGUAGUCAUAGUAGUAGUAGUAGCAGCAGUGGUGGUGGUAGUGGUGUAAGGAGAUUAAGUUCUUCACAACCCAUUAAUAUACCUAUAAUGGGAAGUAGUGGUCAUAGUAGUUAUCAUAGUAGUAUAUCACCAAGAACAAACAUCAACAAUAGCAAUAACAACAAUAAUAAUAAUAACAACUUUCUUAGAAGUUCAACAUCACCUUCACCUUCGACAUCACCAAACUCUCUGUUUUUCAAGCCGUCACCACCCACUAUCUUGUUGAGACCUUCACCACCACCCAGUGCAUUCCGUCCACCUUCACCAUCGUCCAGCUUUCUCCGACCGCUCAGUCCACUCUCUUCGUCACCGGCAUCCGCUUCACCCUCGCCCAGAGGCGGAACUUCACCGUUCCUAGUGCCGUCGUCGCCACACAGCUUCAACAGCGGCAACAACAACAGCAUGAAUAUGAUGUUCAACAAGGUACCACCAAAACAAUACUCCUAUACAUCGUCAUCUGGCAAAACAACUACGAUAUCACCAUCUAGCAGUGUCGGUAGUCUUGGCAGUGGAAGUGGCAGUGGCAGUGGAAGUAGCUAUGGAAAUAGCUAUGGAAGUAGUAGUGGUGGAUUUGGAAGUUUUGGACGUACAACUUCUUCUUCUUCUUCUGCUACGAACCAACCUACUAGAGCAACAGUCUCAUCUGCUAUAAAGAAAGAGAUUGGUUUCAAUGUUGUAUCAAAGCAACCUGACACUACAAAAAAACCAACAACAUCUUCAUCAACUACAACAACGACGACUACAACAACAACAUCUAAAUCAUCGUCAUCUUCAUCUUCGUCGUCGUCGUCAUCAUCAUCUAAAUCUAAACCUACAGUGAAUCAACAACAACAACUGAUAAAAACGAAACAAGAGAAUGAAGAUGAUGAAAUGGAUAUGCCUGAUUAUGAUGAGGAAUUUGGUGAGGUUGCAGAUGAGGAGGAAUAUCAGGAUAUGAAGACAAUCGACAAGUUUGAGGAGGAGCUAUAUCGUGAGUUGUCACCGACGAUCGAUACAGAAGACGAUAGACCGAUAUCGUCGACUUCCACUACUGAUACAACAACAACAACCACUACUGAUACAAAUAGCAACAACAACAAUGACAAUAACAGUGGCGGUGGUGUGAGGAAGAGAUCUGCAGAGAAAGAAAAGGAAUGGUAUGUCGAUAUUGCAACAGUGACACCAGAGAAGAUCAAACAAAUGGUUUUGGAAGGAUGGGUAAAGAAUGAACCUAGAUUGCAUCAAGUCGAUACCAACUAUAAGAUAAUACUGGAUCUACAUGAACGUUAUAAAAAAGAUAAAGAAAAAGAAUCAAAGGAGAAAGAUAGAGAAUUAAAGGAGAAAGAAACAUCAGUAGCAUCAUCACCAUCACAAUCAUCAUCAACAACUCAUAGAUCACCAAUUUCAUCACCAAAAUCAACAACACACAGAUCACCUAUUUCAUCACCAAUAAAAUCACCAAGACAACAAUCAACUACGACUACAACAACGACAACAUCAUCUUCUUCAUCAACAACACCAAGUAAAAAUGUAAAUAGUAAUAAUAAUAAUGAUAUAGAUACAAUCGCAGCAGAACAAACACAUAAAGAUGUAAAAAACUAUUUGAUACAACAUGCUGCUGGCUCUGCUGCAAGUCCUACUGCCAGGUCAACAUGGCCAAGAACUUGUCGUCGACCAUCAACAACGGCAAGACACGUGUUGUCAUUACCACCAUGCAAAAAAAAUCAAGCAAUCAACUAUGGAGAAACCACUGGAAAAUUGGAUAUACCAAAUGAUUCAGUUUUGAAAACAAGCAACAAAACAGGAAGAUCUAAUUUGAAUAGGAGUUUGACAACUACCAAUCAGAUUAUUCAGAAUCUAAAUAAAGCGGAAGCUUUUAGAGUUGCCAAUAUAUUGGCUGACAAUCCGACUAUUAGCAGCAAUCCAAAGGAAGAUACAAUGGAUUUGGAUGCCGAUGGUUUGGAGUUUGCUCGUCAGAUUUGGUCGUCGAAUCCGGCAAUCAAGCUGCACAAACGUUUCUUGACCGACGACUAUGACGAUGGAAGUGGAGCGAGCGGUGGCGGCUCACUCAAUCCGAAAGCUUUGGAAUCCGAUACGAUCGAUCAAUCCAUGGAUUUGAUGGUUGAUUUCGUAGUGAGAAAUGGUCCUGCUUUUGAAAAUCUGGUACACAGUCAAUCGUUGGUCACUGUCUUUACAUUCUUGGAUCCGGCAAAUCCCUCACACAAGAUCUACAAGGAGAAACUAAACAUUGCACUCAAGAAACAGAAUCAACAAAGCAACGAACAUCACCCACUGCCCCAGCCAACAACUGUUGUUUCACAAUCACCAAAGACCUCCGGUGUAUUUAUGUUGACAUCAUCCGCUGGAUUCCUAACGACACCAUCUACCUCAGCACUUCAAAAUCAACCAAAUCAACAGCAGCAACAGCAACAACAACAACAACAACUACCACCAGCAAAUGUUCAUCACCAGCAACCAGCUCAACUUCAACUGACAUCAAGCGGCAGCACAGAUAUAGUCAUGUCAGACUCCUCCAGCUCCGUUGGAAGUAAAUCAACUAAUCAAGCAUCGUCCGCUUUGCUACAGAGCAUGGAGAUUCCACUGCCUGUCAAUCUUCCUACGGUCGCGCCAGAGCUGAUAGUUGGUAAGCCGCAUUCCGCUGGCAGAGGUGAUUGUCUGUUGGGUGAUUGCAUCCUUUCGUUCUGUCACGAUCUCGAGUCAAAGGAUCCGGGCAUGCGUGUCUUUGCAAUUCAAACACUCCAAAAGAUGUCUGCCGAGGGUAUCCACAAGAACACGAUACAUGAGGCAGUCGGAUCGAUCAACAAGAUUCUCUUCAACAAAUUCGAAGUGUCCAGCACCAAGAUGAUUGCUCUCGACCUGCUUGCCACCAUUGCCUACAACGACGAGCCAACCAUCCUCCAGAUCCUGGAGCACAAUUUGAUUGGCACCGUCAUCAAGCUGAUUUGCACCAACGAAGAAGCGAUCAAAGCGAAAUGCUGCAAGUUCCUCACGACCAUGUCGAAGGAAGUAUCUAUCGUGUCGUCGCUACACGAGAACCAAGGUAUUCCAGCAAUCGUAUCGCUACUCGAUAGCUACGAUUACUUUUUAAUUUAUGAAAUAUUUAUAUUCUUAUUCUACUUCUUCUUCUACAAGUUUUGA